UUUCACGAGGUAACUCUUUGGCUAAAUAUUUCUCGAUUUCUACAGGAACACUCGACAGAGUAGAAAUGGCAGAAUCCGACUGGGACUCAGUAACUUACUUGCGAAAGAAAACACCUAGAGCGGCAGAACUGAAAUCUAAACAGGCUGUUGCACAAGCACAAAGACAUGGUGGCCAGGUGGAAACAUCACAAAAAUUUGGUGCUGCUUCAAACAAGCAGCAUUCAGCAAAUAAGGAUUCUGCUAAACUGGACAGAGAAACAGAGGAGCUACAUCAUGAGAAAGUUUCUGAUGUGGGAAAGCUCAUUCAACAGUCAAGAAUGGGGAAGAAAUUAACACAGAAGGACUUAGCAACAAAAAUCAACGAGAAGCCUCAAGUCAUUAUGGACUAUGGCCUG